UGGCUAACAACUUGCCUUAGCACUAACAAACCACAGCCUAAAUGGAAUCAAGCAUGGUGAGGACUGCCGUCUCAUGGGGACUUCUGCUCCUGCUUUGUCAACAGACGCUGGUGGCGGCCCAUGUGUUGGGCAGACCAUACCCUGAGAGCGACUUGGCCCAAUUGAAGAAUCUACUGGAGCGAUUCGAGGAGACCUUGGCUGCAGUGGCCACAGCAGAUGACCCUGCAGUGGACUACGAGGGCCCCAACCCAGAGCCUGAACACAGUAAGGCUAGCCCAGAGUGGGACAGGGCCCCAGAGGCCCCACAGAGGCUCUCAGACGUCCGGGAGCUAGCUGCAGACGAGAGCUACAGCAGGGCCCAGAGUCAAAGGAGCCGGCUGCAGGACCUGCUCAUGGCCACCAGGAGUAAAGCUGUGUCUGGGUGCUUCGGAGCCAGGAUGGACCGCAUCGGGACCUCGAGCGGUUUAGGCUGCAGUCCUAAAAGACGUAGCUAGUCAGUUGAUGUAUAUACAGUACACAGAAAAACACAUGUAGGUGUUUUAACUUGAAAAGAUGAGACCCCCCCCCCUCUUAAGAUGUCAACUUAUAAUCAACUAAAACAACUUACAGACCCAGUGCAGUCAAACAUUUUAUUUUCCAGGGCUUUAUAUAUAUAUUUUUCUCUCACUGAGGUUGGAAUAAUACUCUGAAAUAAAUGAAAAUUAUGAUAAUGCCCCUUUAGUGUAAGAGCUGUUUGAAAAGACUGCCUGAAAUUUCAGCCUGUUUUGGUGGGAUGGAGUUUUAGCCUUCCAUGGUAAUGCCACAUACGGUAAAUUGGUUAAUAUACCAAUGAGAGCGUUCCGAACAUCCUUGCCAAUAACAGCACAUUUUCAGAUUUCACCUCCCCACUCAGACCACUCCCAGACAGUCCCAACAAAAUUAUUGCUUGAGAAAUGUAUCUUUUCUAAGAGGCUAUUUUUGUUUAUUUUCUACCAUUUUAAUUUAAAACAAACAAUCACUGUAAGGUACUUAAUUGUUACCCAGAAAUGAUUUGACCUUUAACAAUUGAAAUCAUAGAGGCACAUUGACUGGGCCAGUCAAAGGGUACCCACCCCUCUAAUGCAUGCCGACAGUAUUGUCAGUGGAGGAGGAGAGAGGGUGUAGUGACACACAGCGUUGGUGAUGUGCAAGACUAGCAGGAGGUAUGUUUUGUAAAUUCAUUUGAUCAAGCUAUGUAUGUAGCCAAUUGAUUAUUUCUUGACGAAUAAAAACAUAAUAAUAA